UGCGAUUCAUAUAUCCCUGAGAGUGACCAGUUGUCUUCGUCCCAUAUCCGCACUCCACUAGAUAUUUGAUCGCAAUAUCUACAACCUUAUCGUUAAACAAAAUACCGUCGCCAUGGCUGACGGAGAAAAAGUCAGCAAUCCUCCGGAGUCUCCAACUACAGCUAGGCCUCUGGACUUUGACGAUGAAUCGCAGGAGUCCGGCGUGACCCCAAUACAGCCAACUUCAGCGUCCAAAGCAUCCUCACAAUUGACACCAGGCGGCAACGAUGGCCCCCCACCAAAACCACCCCGACCACUCAGCCCCAUGCAGCAAGCAGAGAGCACUUUAAAAGAGGCGUUUCCCAGUAUCGAUGCCAGCGUUAUAAAAGCUGUUUUGGUGGCUAGUGAUGGGAAUGUUGAGAGAUCAUUCCAUGCGCUGCUCGGCAUGUCGGACCCUGAUGCGCAAGUGGAUCUGCCGCCUACGAUGCCCCCGCGGCCACCCCGGAAGGAUUCCCCCACUCAACGACAACUCGAAGCCGAUGAAAUGUAUGCGCGUCAGCUUGCGGAGCAUUACAGCGGAGUGGGCCAACGUCAUAGAGCCCCGGAAUCUUCGUGGGACCAUGAACCGCAUUUGCCGAGGCAACGCAGGGAGACUGGAUUAAAACCCAAUGAACUCCAUGAUGACAGAGAGCAUAACUUUUUUGAUGAUGAUCUACCGAUAAUUAAGGAGAACAUUCGCAAGGGAUUCCUAGAGACGCAGACAAAAGUUAACGCUUGGGUUCAAAAUUUCAAGAAGAAGCUUGAGGGCGAUGACGAGGAGGAUGAAUAUGGAAAUCCACCUCCCCAUCCAGCACAGGGAUAUGCCCAAGGAUACGGCGACACUCAGACCUAUCGCACAAGGCGGAGCGGCGAGGCCAGGCGAAGUGGUGACCGCGAACGGUACGAUGCCGACCCUCAGGUCUUAGGUGACGACUUCUCCGCAUUAGAGCUGAGAGAUGCUGAAGCCCAUCCACCACGCUCAUCGCGACCCCUCGCAAACCCCGAUCUCUUCAAGCCCAACUCACCAUCACCUGACCGUCGAAAAGUCUCUUUCCAAGAGGGACCUCCUGAGGAAAUACACGAUGCUUAUGGCCCCGGCUCUGCAUCUGAUAGAAGCAAGCAGCCGUCAUCCACUGGUGGUAGCAAUAAGUCCAGCAAAUGGCAACCACUCUCUACAGUUGAACCUUCACCAGUUGCAGACAACGAUCCAUUCAGCCUUGGUGACAGCGACGACGAGAAGGAGGUUAGGAAUAACAAUAAAGAUCUUAAGCCCGACGAUGCUGAGAGGGUGAGGAAGGCUACUGCAGAAGCUAUGGCGGGGGAUAUUGGGACUGAUUCUCCAAAGGCUGGCAACAAGAAUAAGCCCGCUGGGGGAACUUAGACAGGGCGGGGCUCCAAGUUACUUUGUUUUUAUUUUUAUAGUUUGUCAUACUUCUUGACUUUUGCUGUAUAUUCCUCCAUUUCGUUUCGCCCCAUACUUUUACUGUAUCCUGGGUAAACCAGAACCUACCUUUGAUCUUCUUUCCCAAAUUGCAGGCUCGCACAACAUGUGCGCGGAGAGCGCUUAUUUAUGUCACCCGAGCAUUUUAGAGCGGCUUUUUACCCAUUUUAUCUAUUAUGAUUGUUCCCUUUCUUUUUGUGAAUUUUGUCAAUGCGAGACGGCGGGAGGGGCCCCCAUUUUGAUUUUGUAAUUGAUGUCUAAUUAUUCCUUUUCGAUUGACU